ACCCCCCACCCCACCCUGCCCCCACGCCCACCACCGGUGGCUAAACCCUAACCCUACUCCGAUGGCUUUAGCCGGCGGCUAUGCAAACUCUAAGCUAAUCCAAAACAACGCCGUCGUGGCGCCACCAAAACCCUUGACAUCUUCUGUAAUCGAACGAUAUCGGGCGGCGUUGAAGGAGAGGGAAGAUGAAAUUAAGGCUUCUAUGCCAGACGAUGAUGAUGUUAUCGUGUUGCCUCCAUCUAUGGACGAGAUUGUUAGGCUUUAUGAAUUGUUGUUGUCCGACCUGACUUUUAAUUCUAAGCCUAUCAUUACUGACCUCACCAUCAUUGCUGGCGAACAGAGAGAACAUGGUGAAGGCAUUGCUCACGCGAUUUGUAGUCGGAUUCUCGAGGUCCCAGUUGAGCAGAAACUACCCGCAUUAUACCUUCUGGAUAGUGUUGUAAAAAAUAUUGGUAGGGACUACGUCAGGCAUUUCUCUGGCCAUUUACCUGAGGUUUUCUGUGAGGCAUAUAGGCAAGUGCACCCUAGCAUGCAUCCUGCAAUGCGCCAUCUCUUUGGAACAUGGUCAUCUGUGUUCCCAGCACCUGUUCUCAACAAAAUUGAAACUCGUCUCCAGUUUUCACAGCCGGGGGUCCAACAAUCUUCUGGCUUGACUUCGUCAAGGGCUUCUGAAUCACCGCGACCAACUCAUGGCAUUCAUGUAAAUCCAAAAUAUUUGGAAGCAAGGUGUCAGCUUGGGCACUCCACUAUUGAUUCAGUAAGAGCUGAAAAUUCUACAGGUCAUAUAUCUUCAGAUCUGGAAGCCAAGCAAGUUCGUUCUACAGCUUCAAAGAAUGCCAGAUCAUCCUCUCCUUAUAGAGUGGGGCCUCCGAGGUCAUUGUCACCCACCCUCAAUGAGUUUGCCUUGGAUAACUCUGCCAUAAGACUCAGAGAAGGGGCCUCACCAUCUCAUACUGCACUUGACUAUGGGCUUAGCAGAGUAAGAGGUAGAGAUGAUGAGAGGAGUGAGUGGCAGAGAAUUUUGCCUGAUGCUAAUCAGCAACCAGACAUUCCUUCUAAAUAUCGCAUGGACAAGGGAAUUGAUCUUCAAGGACCUAGAGCUUUGAUUGAUGCUUAUGGAAUUGAUGAAAGGGAAAAAGUAGCCAAUCUGAGGCAACAAAAGAUAGCGAAUGCCACUAUUAAUGGCUUAGGCAGUAGGUUAGCUGUGAAGACAUGGCAAAACACCGAAGAGGAAGAGUUCAACUGGGAAGAUAUGAGUCCAACUUUAGCAGAUCAGAGUCCUUUUAAUGAUUUGUCGACAUCUGUUCGCCAUCCUCAGAGUAUUAGGAUGAGACCUGGUGUUGAUUUACAACAUACUGUGCCUUUGGUGACUGACCCUAGAAGGAGCUGGUCUAAUCGAGGACAAUAUUCUUUAGUUCAUGAUUCUUCCUUGGAUGAUGUUCACUCGUCUGGUCGAGGGGCAAGAAAUAAAAUUACUGGAUAUUGCGAUGAGCCAUCUCUGAUUUCAGGUUCACAUUAUCUUCAAAAGCUUCCAGAAAAUCUGCCACAGUUGCCCCAAAGACAUUUAAAGGGUGAAGGAAGUGGAAUCUCAUCAGCAACCGGUGAAUCCAAGCAUCCUUUGGUUGGCAAUUUGGCUGCUGAUGGACAUACUUGGAGGCCAUCAUAUGUUCCGCCAAGAAUGAAUCCUACUUUUGACUCUUCAGUUCAGGAUAUUCGGUUGGUUACUGGACGGGCCCCUGGUGUACCAUGGCCUCCCCCAAAUGUGCAUAAUCCCCAAUCUUUGACUUCAAAACCUAUUUUUCUGCCUCAUAAGCAUAUCAGAAGUCCUUUUGAAGUAAAUAAUGCAAGCAAUUCAGUUGCCAAUCAUAGUUUGGACAGGUCAGUUCUUCCUGAGCAACAUACUGAUAAUUUGAAGAGCAGCUCAUAUAUCAAGUUUCCGCAAUUUCCUAGUCAACACCCCACAUCAUUUUCUGCAAGUCAUCAAAACCCUGAACAAUUGGCUUCAGCAGAACCUCAGCUAUUGCUUCCUCAGCGUAUUCAUCAGGCUAUGCCUCCAAGUGCCUCACUUCCAGCCUCGAACCAUUUGCUACUACCACCAAUUUAUAGAUACCCUCCACAGGGUCCUGUAGGUACUCAUUUCCCCCCUCCAGUUUCAGGUCCACAAUUUUCCUCAGGAGCCUUACCACCUUUUCCCAGAGGCCCACUUCCUAUGCCUUCUAAAUUCAUGCCAGCAUCCCAAAAUCUAGGUCAGGUAACUCCUAACCCUCCGGCAGCAGGCUUUUCAAACUUGAUUAGCUCACUCAUGGCACAAGGUUUGAUUUCAUUGACAAAUCAAGCUCCCACACAGGAUCCUGUGGGCCUUGAUUUUAAUCCGGAUCUUCUUAAGGUUCGUCAUGAUUCUGCGGUAACUGCUUUAUAUGCUGAUCUUCCAAGACAGUGCACAACUUGUGGCCUACGAUUUAAAUGCCAAGAGGCACACAGCAGUCAUAUGGAUUGGCAUGUAACCAAGAAUCGAGUAUCAAAAAAUCGCAAGCAGAAAUCUUCUCGUAAGUGGUUUGUAAGCGUCAACAUGUGGCUUAGUGGUACAGAGGCUUUGGGAUCUGAUGCAGUUCCUGGAUUUCUACCGACUGAGCAAGUUGUGGAAACGAAGGAUGAUGAAGAAUUGGCCGUCCCUGCUGACGAUGAGCAGAAUGUUUGUGCACUGUGUGGAGAACCUUUUGAUGAUUUUUACAGUGAUGAGACUGAAGAAUGGAUGUAUAGGGGGGCUGUCUACAUGAAUGCACCAAGUGGGUCAACUGUUGGAAUGGAAAGGUCUCAGUUGGGUCCAAUUAUUCAUGCAAAAUGCAGAUCUGAAUCUAGUGCACCUCCACAUGAGGACUCCAGAAAAGUGGAGGAGGAUCAGGAAGAUGGAGAUGGAAGUCAAAGGAAACGAAUGCGGAGUUAACUUCAUUAAAUUAGCUUCUAGGUGCAUUGUAACUUUAUCUUGAGAUUCCUCCAUGAUAGCAUUGAGCUUUAGAUUAUUUUUAGGUACCAUGCCUGAAUCGUGUACAUGUACAGGAGUUGUAAACAUCAAAGCUUCUUGUCAGAAAAGGUUUCAUACAGUCUUGGAGCA